AUGAUCCGACCCGGCCGCGUCGACGUCAUCCACGAGGUUGGCGAUGCGACGCCGCACCAGAUGCGAAUGCUCUACCUCAACUUCUUCCCGGACCGGCCACAGCUCGCCGACGCCUUCGCGGAGGCCCUCUCCGGCUCCUCCGUCUCGAUGGCGCGCCGCUGCAGCCCCGACCUUUGCUCGCCCUCGCGCGACGCUGCUGCGUGCGAGGGCGCGGCAGAGCUGGCCACCGGGGCUGGUGAAGAGGCCAGGCGGAGCGGCUCCUCAGAGAGCUCCGAGCGCGCCGCCGGCCCGAGCCCCGCUCAUGAGGCUUAUCUGCCGCCCACACUGGAGGCGGGUGAAGAGCGUGAUGCCGAGAGCGACGCCGACUCUGUCCACAGCGAUGGCCGGCGGGACCUUUCGUGCCACAGUCCGCGCAACAGCAGCGGCGCCGGACCGCCGCCACCGAUCGACGAGCUGUCAUUCGAGGACAAUGCGGAUGCCUUCCCCGAGCCGUUCGAGGCGACUGCGAGCGCGCCCGCGCACGGGGCCUUUCCGGACGAGCGGAGCGGCGGCGCCGCCAACGCCUCGCCUCGCAAGCUGACCGGCUACUCCUCGGAAACCCUCAACCGGCCGCGCCUGCCUCCGUCGCACCGCCACCCGAUGCCGUCCUACGGAGCGGCACGCCGGUCUGCCGGCGUGAGCGCCAAGCGGCGAGGCGGCUCGCGGCCCCGCGGCUCGUAUGCCGACGAGGCGCGGGCGGGCUCGGGGGGCGAGUCGAGGACGCCAGGUGAGCCGAGGAGCCGGGCGAGGCUGCAGGGGCGGUCCCGAGAGGACUCGGGGGAGCUGCUGCAGCGCUGCACGGUGUACUGCUGCGCGCUGUCGCUCGACCUGAAGCGCCUCGCGCAGGAGAGCGGCGCCUGA